AUUAACAAAUUACUGAGUAACAAAUCUAACAAUGUAAGCAUGUUUUCAAUCUUUUCAUCACUUUUCCCUCCUCUUUUGCCUUCCUUUCUUUCUUGCUAUUGUUCAGUUCACACAACAUCAAAAAUUUAUGAUAUGCUCAGUAUAAUAUUGACAUACAGUAUACAUAAAUAACCUUAUAAAGUUCUAAUUCUUUUAAUUUCCCUGCUUUUAGCUUCUGAUUUUGUGGGGAAAACUUGGAAAAUAUGAUGAGAAAAUUUUGGAGUGAUUUCCUUACUCUUGUAUACAACCCAGUAAUCAUGUCUUCAGAUUCUUGGCUCACAACUCUUCAAUGUUCAGCUUCAAACAACAACAUAAUUCAACCUUCAGAUACUUUCAUGCAAGUUUUUCAAUGGUUUAGAUUCAUUUUCUUCUCUCCAUGUCCUCAAAGACUUGUUUUUUCAUCCAUCUAUUUCUUUUUUUUAUUGAUCUUGAUCUUGUUUGUUAUUUAUAGACUCAUUUCAAAGUUUAUUUUUAGGGAUAAUAGUAGUAAUAAUAAUGUUACUUCUAGUUCUUCAAUCAAUAAACCCCUCUUAGAAAACAAUAACCAAAAUAGAUUUAAUGUCAAGAUUAAUUUAUGGUUCAGAAUUUCCUUGAUUUCAUCUGCUUCGCUUGCUGUUUUAUAUGUUGUUUUGAGCGUAUUGACAUUUGUGGGGAGUGAUAAUAAAGGAAUUACUAGGCAAGUAUCAUGGAAACAGACUGAAAUUCUGUUUAGGGUACUUCAAGCCUUAACACAAGUAGCAAUUUUUGUUCUUGUUGUUCAUGAACAGAUAUUUCAUGCUACUUUUCAUCCUAUUUUGCUUAGGAUUUAUUGGGUUGCUCAGUUUGUGCUUGUGUUAGUGUUUAGUAUUUCGGGUUUGACUCGAAUAGUGUCAGUUUCUGAGGAGUUGGAUUCAUAUAUAAAAAUGGAUGAUGUGUUUUCUUUGAUAAGCCUUCCAUUUUCCUUUUAUCUGCUGAUAGCCGCCUCUCGAACAUCUUCUGGGAUUAUAGUUAUCAAAGAGGCCGAAAAUGGUUUGAAUGGAAGAGAAGAAUUACAUGAGCCGAUUAAGGAUGAUACUAAUGCAAGUGAUUAUUGGAAGGCAAAUUUGUUUUCUAAGACUACUUGGCUUUGGAUGAACCCUUUGAUGGAUAAAGGGUAUAAGAACCCUUUAAAGGUUGAAGAUGUUCCUUCACUUCCUCCUGAUCAUCUAGCUGAGAGGAUGUCGGAGCUCUUUGAAUCACAAUGGCCUAACCCGAGUGAGCAUACAAAGCACCCAGUAGCAAUUACUUUGCUCAAGUGCUUUUGGAAGAGUGUUUUGUACACUGGUUUUCUUGCACUUAUAAAGCUUUGUGUGAUGUAUAUUGGUCCUGUACUUAUUCAAAGCUUUGUCGAUUUUACUUCUGGAAUCGAAAGCUCUCCUUAUGAAGGAUAUUACCUUGUGAUAACCCUUUUAGUUGCUAAAACAGUCGAAGUCUUGAGUUCCCAUCACUUCAAUUUCCAUACUCAGAGAGUUGGGUUACUUAUAAGGUCCACCCUUAUAACUGCAUUAUAUAAAAAGGGGUUGAAGCUAUCUUGCUCUUCGAGGCAGGCUCACGGGGUUGGUCAAAUAGUGAAUUACAUGGCGGUUGAUGCUCAACAGCUAGGUGAUCUGAUGAAUCAGUUGCAUUCCAUUUGGCUUAUGCCCCUGCAACUUUUUGCUGCCUUGGGUUUGCUAUACUUUAACAUGGGUGUUUCAGCAAUAGCAACAUUAAUCGGGGUCAUUGUGAUUCUAGCAUACGUCAUGGUACGUACAAAGAAGUGCAAUGUCUUUCAGUACCAAGUCAUGAAAAACCGAGACUCUAGGCUUAAAGCAACAAAUGAAAUGAUAAACAAUAUGAGGGUCAUAAAGUUUCAAGCAUGGGAAGACUAUUUUCAGAAAAGAAUUCAAUCCUACCGGGAGCUUGAAUUUGGAUGGUUGUCCAAGUUUUCAUAUACUAUUUCUGGAAAUAUGAGUGUGCUUUGGAGCACCCCUACUGCACUUUCUGUUCUUGCAUUCGCAGUUGCAGUUUGGAUGGGUGAGAAUCUCAAUGCUGGCACUGUAUUUACAGUAACUACGAUAAUGAAGAUUGUGCAGGAGCCAGUGAGGAACUUCCCUCAGUCUUUGAUACAGAUUUCUCAGGCAAUGAUUUCACUUGGAAGAUUGGAUGGUUACUUGAUGAGCUUAGAAUUAAAUGAAGGGUCAGUGGAGAGAGACGAAGGGUGUCAAGGUGACAUUGCUGUGGAGGUGAAUCAAGGGAGUUUCUCUUGGGAUGAUGAAGCAACUGAAAAAACCUUGAAAGGGUUGAAUCUUCAGGUCAAGAAAGGUGAAUUGGCCGCCAUUGUUGGCACUGUAGGGUCUGGAAAAUCUUCUGUAUUAGCUGCAAUUUUGGGUGAAAUGCACAAAAUCUCUGGAAAGGUUAAAUUGUGUGGUACCACUGCAUACGUAGCCCAAACAUCAUGGAUACAGAAUGCAACAAUUCGAGAAAACAUUCUAUUUGGUCUACCAAUGAACAAAGAGAAAUAUAUGGAAGUUAUUAGAGUAUGUAGCUUGGAAAAAGAUUUGGAAAUUAUGGAAUUCGGUGACAAGACUGAGAUUGGAGAGCGUGGUAUCAAUCUGAGCGGUGGCCAGAAGCAAAGGAUCCAACUUGCCAGAGCAAUCUAUCAGGAUGAUGAUGUAUAUCUUCUGGAUGAUAUUUUUAGUGCUGUAGAUGCACAUACUGGUUCAGAUAUUUUCAAGGAGUGCGUUAGGGGAGCUCUCAAAGACAAAACUGUUCUGCUAGUAACUCAUCAAGUUGACUUCUUGCACAAUGCGGAUCAUAUAUUUGUGAUGCGAGAUGGAACAAUUGUACAAUCUGGAAAAUACAAUGAGCUUCUUGAAGCAGGCUUGGAUUUUGGUGCUCUUGUGGCUUCCUAUCAAACCUCCAUGGAUCUUGUAGAGACAAGCUCACAUACAUCUGAGGACAAGCAAGAAGAAGCACCAAAAUCUCUAAUCAGCGAAAACAAGUCACUAGAAAGAGUCAAGUCUGAGAAGAAAUCUCUAAGUAAAACAAAUCCUCAAAAAGGAACUUCCAAGCUCAUUGAAGAAGAGGAACGAGAAGUUGGGCAGGUUAGCAUAGACGUGUACAAGCAGUACUCUACAGAAGCUUUCGGAUGGUGGGGAGUGGCUGCAGUGGUACUAGUAUCUCUCUUCUGGAUUGUAUCAUUGUUCGGUAGUGAUUACUGGCUAGCUUAUGAGACUUCAGAAGAUCAUACUUUUACUCCUCGCUUGUUCAUUACCGUCUAUUUCAUUGUUGGGAUUAUAUCAUGUCUCUUAGUGACUGCUAGAGCCUUUGUAAUAACAUUUUUGGGACUUAAAACUGCUCAGGGCUUCUUCGACCAGAUUCUUGGCAGCAUCCUACAUGCUCCAAUGUCGUUUUUUGAUACUACUCCUUCUGGAAGAAUUCUAAAUCGGGCAUCAACUGAUCAAACCAACCUUGAUCUUACAAUUCCCUUAUUUUUGGGCAUGACAAUUGUUAUGUAUUUCAAUUUGGUGAGCAUCUUAGUGGUCACAUGCGUAUAUGCCUGGCCAACAGUUAUCCUCCUAGUUCCCUCAAUAUGGUUGAAUCUUUGGUACCGGGGUUACUACCUAGCCAACUCACGUGAACUGACUCGAUUAGGUUCAAUCACAAAAUCCCCUGUCAUCCAUCAUUUCUCAGAAACAGUUUCAGGUGUAAUGACAAUCCGAUGCUUCAGGAGGCAAGCCUUGUUCUGUAAGCAUAAUAUUGACAAGGUUAACACAAGCCUUAAGAUGGAUUUCCACACUACUGGAGCAAAUGAGUGGCUAGGUUUCCGCUUAGAGUUCAUUGGAUGUGUAAUCCUAUGUCUUUCCACUUUGUUCAUGAUUCUUUUGCCCAGCAGUAUUAUCAAACCAGAGUUCGUAGGUCUUUCUCUUUCGUAUGGGCUUACCCUCAAUGUUGUUCUGUUUUGGACGAUAUAUAUGACAUGCUUUGUUGAGAAUAAAAUGGUCUCGGUUGAGAGGAUGAAGCAGUUCAUCAAAGUCCCAUCUGAAGCAGCAUGGGAGAUCAAAGAAUGCAAGCCUUUACCAAACUGGCCAACUCAUGGCAACAUUGAACUAAAGGACUUACAAGUAAGGUAUCGGUCAAACACCCCAUUAGUGCUAAAAGGUAUCACACUUGGCAUUAGAGGAGGCGAGAAAAUUGGGGUUGUUGGUCGCACAGGGAGUGGAAAGUCCACCCUUAUACAAGUAUUCUUCAGGCUAGUUGAACCUUAUGGAGGGAAUAUAAUAAUUGAUGGCAUCGAUAUCUGCAAGAUUGGCCUGCAUGAUCUAAGGUCUCGCUUUGGGAUCAUUCCACAAGAGCCGGUACUAUUUCAAGGAACGGUGAGAAUCAAUGUGGAUCCACUUGGGCUUUAUUCCGAGGAAGAGAUAUGGAAGAGCCUGGAACGUUGCCAACUUAAGGAUAUUGUUGCAGCAAAGCCAGAAAAGCUUGAUGCUCCAGUAACGGAAGAAGGAGAAAAUUGGAGUGUUGGUCAAAGACAGCUGAUGUGCUUAGGGAGAGUCAUGCUCAAGAAAAGCCGUAUUUUGUUCAUGGAUGAAGCUACAGCUUCCGUUGAUUCCCAAACAGAUGCUACAAUUCAAAAGAUCAUUAGAGAGGACUUCAGAAAAUGUUCUGUAAUUACCAUUGCUCACAGAAUACCCACUGUAAUGGAUUGUGACAGAGUAUUAGUCAUCGAUGCAGGAUUGGCAAAGGAAUUUGAUGCACCAUCUCGUCUCCUCGAGAGGAAAUCACUCUUUGGGGCAUUGGUUCAAGAGUACUCGAAUAGAUCGUCUAAAGUGUAAAUGAUAAGCAUCCUGGUUUAGUUCCAUUGAUCAUACUAGUUACAACACCGAGAAUUUAUAAGCAAUUUGUAUAACAUGUUGAUUUUGUUACAUCCUUCAUUGGUCUAUCCACUAUUUCUUUAGAAGAACGAAGAGUAAUGUUAUACUCAUUUCGAAUCUUAU